AUGCGGGAUGUACAUACUGCAAGAGGGCUAAUUGCGUCUAUCGAUGAAGGCGCAAAGGCCAUAAACAGUUUAAUGGAGCUUAGUGCAAGUGCUGUUACCAAUGAACAAAACGCAGCUGUUAGCACAAAACUCAACGAUAUAAUCGCAUGUGUCAAUGAGGCAUGUACAAAGUGCAAGGGUGCCAUAUCAGCACUCGAGAAGGAGAAAGAUAAGGGCACUCCUACCGAAGGGAGGAUGAGGGUCAAUGCCUAUAAUCUGUGCCUCAAGCACUUCCAGGCCUCUGUCAAGCGAUACCAAGAUGCGCAAAAUGUCUUCAAAAAAGAAAUCAAAGAUCGAACAGCAAGGCAAAUUCAGCUUAUAUACCCCGACGCCGAAAAAGCUGAACUCGAACGCAUGAUGGUACCGGCAAAUACGCAUUUAGUGCUCGAAUAUGCAGCACGGUCGUCCAUCGUAGGCAACAGUAGCCUUACGGAUGCAUUACAGACCAUACAAUCCAAGUAUAAUGAUGUUCUGGCGCUGGAAGAAAGCGUAGAAGAGUUACAUCAAAUGAUGGUCGAACUAGCCGGGAUCGUCAGCUACCAAGGUGAUCUUAUCGAUCAAGUGGAGUACAACACAAUGAAAGCAGUCGAAUACACAGAAAAGGCCAACGUAGAGCUCAUAAAGGCGCAUCAAAACAAACGGCGCAGCAGUAGGCUGAUCAUGUACAUCACUAUCGGCGCAACACUAGCAGGAUUGUCUGUCGCAGUGCCGAUCAUACUCAAAAUCACAUGA